AUGACUCGUCGACGGGUAAAGUCGGCUUUUUGGCUGACGCGAAGAAUAUCAAAGUACAUAGCGAUUUUGGGUUGCUUUGCUGCAUUCACGAAUUUUAAUGUGGCAGCAACAACAGCGACGACGACGAACGUUACACCGAAAUUUGGCGAUCGACUGUUGCCGCGCCGAACAUUCAACUUGGAUGAAAAAUAUCAAAAAGAUUCUGCGGGAUUUUUCCUGCAUUCCAGCAAGCAGUACAAUAAUAAUGUCAUGCAGAAAAGUGUCGAGCAUGCACAAAGUGAUGAAAUAAUUAAUGAUAAUAAUGAGCAAUACUUCGCGAGUGCCGAGCAAGAAGACGCAGAACGAGAUUCAAUUAAAAAUGAUAUUAAUAAAAAUUACAGUGAUAAUGAAAGCAACUCUCACGAAACGCAAAAAAUUAAUAAUAAUGAUAAUAGCAGUAAAUUAGUAGAAAAUAAUAUUGAUAGUGUUACCCAAAGCAUAGAAAAUAGCAAAAAUAAUCUAGAUUACUAUACGGUAGUGCAUAAGGACGACUUAAAAAGUGAUAAUCAAAUAAAAUUAAAUAAUUCGACGUCGGCGCAAGCGCAUCGCUUGGAAAUGUCAACAGAAUUUUUCGUUGUGCCAUCCACAAAAGCCUCCACGAUCGUCAGUCCCACGCAGCGAUCGACCACUCUGCGUCCCGGAGGCGUAAUUUUCGCGACAAAAACAACCGCCACACCGCCAACAGUCAUUCUCGCGAACUUAACGGGUCUCCGAAAGGAGCCAUGGGUCGUGCCGAUACUCAUUUUCGCUUGCAUCUCGAUGCUCAUGAUGGCAGGCUUCGAAGUUUUUGUGCUUUUUAAGGCGUGGCGCACAACCCCAAGUCGUCGUCAUUUGUUCCUCGGGCAAAUGUUGCUUCUUGGGCUAUUCGCGUGUUCCGGGCUCGCUGCUGUCCUUACAGCAAAUCCCACGCCUUUGACAUGCGGCGCGAUACGAUUCGGUUCAGGACUCGCAUUCACCUUGGUUUUUGCGUCGCUUUUGGUGAAAUGUGUCUUUUUGAUUAGCUUGAAUGGCGGCGUUUAUUUGCCCGCGCCAUAUCAAGCACUUUUACUGCUUUUUGCGGUGCUAAUUCAAAUUGCGAUAGGCACACAAUGGCUCAUCACGUCGCCUCCCUCAGUCGAUAAUGUAGUUGUGCCUGCGACGGGAACUGCGAUUUCGAGUCGGUAUCAUUUGUUGUUGACUUCCGGGGAGUUGUCGUCACUAAAUCCGACAAUUCCGCUGUGUCACACGCCGUUUUCGGAUUUGUUGCUGUCGCUCGUUUACGUUGUUUUUCUCAUCGUUUUUGUGUCGAUUUUGGCAAUUAAAUCACGCGGAAUUCGAGAUAAUUAUCGGGAAGCGACGUAUAUUGGGCUUGCGAUUGCAGGCGCAAUUCCCAUUUGGCUUGGAUGGACCUUGUGUGGAUUAGCGGUUGCUGAUCGUCAUCGAGAUGCAUGUUUGGCGUUUGGAUUAGUUGCGACGUCGUCAACGGUAUUUUUGGUGAUGUUUAUGCCUAAAGGACGACAAUUGGCAGCAAUGGGCAAAGAAGGUUUAUACGUAGAAGAUCGCGAAGAGCGAUUUAGCUCAUUAAGUCGCACCGGAUCCGGAUAUUCGCCUUCUUUCUUCCAUUUCAAACCCAUCAAGUACGGCGUGAUGGGACAAUCGCAAAGUCCAACGCCAAACACGAAUACCGUAAAUGGUUACAGCUCUACAAAACAUCAAGCUGUCGCAACACUCGGAGGAGCGGAUCGAUUAUUAUCACUGAUAGCGGCGCCUCCGAGUUACACACGCAUGUAUCAUUAUUAUCCAGCUGCACAUAUGACACAUCCUUUUUGUUAUUAUCCUUCACCAAUGCCUCCAGCACGAUAUCCUCCAGGCCUUUUUAUGCGACCAGAUGAUGCCAAUUUGUACACGACGUUGGAGCAAACGAUGAGCAGCAAUCCAAAUGUUUAUUUCCAGCGCGGAGUCGUUCAUCCGGGAAUGAUGUACUAAACAAAAGUAGAGCCAGCAUAAAAAAUUAUUUUUUUUAAGAAAUUUCAUGUAAAGAUUAUUUUGUAAGAGAUAUAUGAUGUAAAAAUUAAUCAUACAUAAGUUACGUUAUUAGUUAUAGUUAUUAAUUAAUUAUUUUAUAUUAU